UCGAGCCUAGGCUCUGAUGGAGGAAGGAGCUUCUGAAGGGACGCUGUGGAAUAGCAUCACAGAAACCCAGCCCUGGAACAAAGAGCUCUAGGCGGCAACCUCGCCUCCUAGUUUGGCAACUACACAAAAUGUUCUCCCGGUUAAAAAUAGCUGCUGCACCGUGCACCUUGGCAUGCCGUAGUGUGCACACAAAAGAAAAAGGCAAGGUCUUGUUGCUGAAUCCCAGAACAAAUAAGGGCAUGGCUUUUUCAUUAAAAGAACGACAAAUACUUGGACUCCAAGGACUUCUACCUCCAAAAAUAGAGACGCAAGACAUCCAAGCCUUACGUUUCCAUAACAAUGUGGCAAAAAUGACAGACCCUUUGGAAAAAUACAUCUAUGUCAUGGGAAUGCAGGAAAGAAAUGAGAAGUUAUUCUACAGGGUAUUGCAAGAUGAUAUUGAACAGUUAAUGCCGAUUGUUUAUACCCCAACGGUGGGCCUAGCAUGUUCCCAGUAUGGCCAUAUAUUUAGGAGGCCAAAAGGAUUGUUCAUAGCCAUAACAGAUAGGGGCCAUAUUAGAUCUGUUGUGGACAACUGGCCAGAAAAUAACGUGAAGGCUGUCGUUGUCACAGAUGGAGAACGGAUCUUGGGUCUUGGAGAUCUGGGUGUUUAUGGAAUGGGAAUUUCUGUUGGUAAACUCUGUUUGUAUACUGCAUGUGCAGGAAUACACCCCGAUAAGUGCCUGCCAGUGUGCAUUGAUGUUGGCACUGACAAUCAGACACUUCUGCAAGACCCAUUUUACAUGGGACUGUACCAGAAACGAGACCGCUCACAGCUUUAUGAUGACCUAAUUGAUGAGUUCAUGGAAGCCAUCAUAGGCAGGUAUGGUCAAAACACCCUCAUUCAGUUUGAAGACUUUGGCAACCAUAACGCCUUCCGCUUCUUAAGGAAAUACAGAGAAAAAUAUUGCACUUUCAACGAUGAUAUCCAGGGAACAGCAGCAGUGGUCUUAGCUGGAUUGUUGGCAGCGCAAAAAGUUACUGGCAAACCCAUUGCAGAGCAGCAGAUCUUGUUCCUUGGUGCAGGAGAGGCUGCCCUUGGAAUUGCCAAUCUCAUAGUCAUGACUAUGGUGGAAAGUGGCCUUUCAAAAGAAGAAGCUUAUAAGAAAAUAUGGAUGUUUGACAAAUUCGGCUUAUUGGUUCAGGGUCGAGAACAAACUGUAGAUGCCAAUCAAGAGCCCUAUACCCACCCAGCCCCAGACCAGGUGCCAAAGAGCUUCUUGGAGGCAGUGAAUGUACUUCAACCAUCUGCCAUUGUUGGGGUUGCAGGUGCCGGGCGCCUCUUUUCUCCUGAUGUGAUCAAAGCAAUGGGCUCUAUCAAUCAGAGACCAAUCAUAUUUGCACUGAGCAAUCCUACAACAAAAGCAGAGUGUACUGCUGAGGAGGCAUAUACAUUAACUGAGGGGCGUUGCCUGUUUGCAAGUGGCAGUCCAUUUGAGCCAGUGAAGCUGAGCGAUGGGCGAUCCUUCAGACCAGGACAGGGAAACAAUGCCUACAUCUUUCCAGGUGUUGCCCUUGCUGUUAUUCUCAGUGGUGUUCGACACAUUAGUGAUAAAGUCUUCUUGGAGGCUGCAAAGGCUUUGACAGAACAGCUGAGUGAGGAAGAACUUGCUGAGGGACUGCUUUAUCCUGCACUGUCUAACAUCAGAGAAGUUUCCAUUAACAUUGCUGUUAAAGUUAUGGAAUUUUUAUAUGCCAACCACAUGGCUUUUCAUUAUCCUGAGCCUGCAGACAAGAACCAGUAUAUAAGAUCAAGGGUCUGGAGUUAUGAGUAUGACUCCUUUCUACCAGACUUGUAUGACUGGCCAGCAUCUACAUCCUACUCACCAAAAAGAAGCUGACUUGCCCAAACAGCACACUUCUCAGGUGGCACCUGAAAUUCUGCAGGGAACCCUUUUCCAGAGCCAUUGUGAAAACAAUCCAAAUCAAGAUUGUGUUCAGACUUCUUGCAACAUUACCUUUUUAACCUACUCCUUCCCCCCAAAAAACAUUUUUAACCUGUCCCUAUAACCAUCGCUUCAAGGUGUGAAAUUUUCCACUGAUGGCCUGUACUCUUGUAAAAGAAAUGAUUAUCCAGAAAUAAUAGAAAAUCUUCCAUGAUGGUUUAAAUUUCCCUUUACAACCUGUAUGGCAAAGGUAGCAGAGCCACACAGAAGAAAAAAUGUUCCCUUGACAUCCUGUUAUUAUAGACUGGAGAACAACUGCUCCAGGUCUGGGGGCUGCACAUUGUGCCUUCUACUAGGCCUUGGAGGACCACACCUACUUCCACCUAUCAUCUUUUAAAAAUAAAAUACCAAGAACAUAAUCCCAGUACCCAUAGAGGGACUAUACAGUGCAAUGUUGCUGACUUUGUAGUUGGCUUUGGGCUUGCUGUUCUUUUCUACUUGGGGAGAUUUAUUUUUCAUAAGCAGUAACUUGGAAAGUCCUGGGGAAAAUUCUUUAAUGUUGCUGAAUGCAUAAACGCCCUAUUUCUCUGUCCCUUUAUAUACUAUGGUUUCCCUUUUGUGGCCUUGAGGGUGUUCGCAGCUCUCAAAUGUGUUGAAUUGUGUGGCAUUGAUCAGGCAAUGCCAGAUUUACUCUGCAUAGGGGCUUUCUGCUUUCUAAGCCAGGCAACAUGCUGAGUUGUCCAUGCAACUUUCUCCUUGUGAGUUCUACAAAGUGUGCUUCUUCUGUAGGGGGAAAACCCCUAAGAUUGCUGGAAAGCAUGUUUUAAAUAUCCAGAAUUUAUGUGACUUAAGUGUGUUGAUAAUUUUACGAAGUCAUGUGUGGUGUUGGUUUUCCAGUGGUCCUUUAGUCUGUCCACUGCCACUAACAUACCUAUGCAGUAUGUUUUUUUACCCUUCACUUUUCGAGUAAUUUUUGCUCUCCAUAACUUGCACUCCUUAAUUUCCGAUCCACAGCCUCCAGUAAAUCCCCUUAUCUCUCUACUUCAGUAUUGGGGGAUGUCUUCCCACAUACUCACUUCUGUGUCUUUGAUGUGAGCAGUUCAUUGCAGCUCACCAGAAACACUUUCUAUCAAAAUGUCAAAGCUUUGGUUUGGUACAUGCCUUCAAAAAUUAGUUUUCAAUUCUUCAUGCUACAAACUCCUCAGUUAAAAUAGUUUCAACUGGGUCUUUUGGAAGACACAGAUACAUCAGUUGAUCUUUUUGGAAUAGUAAAUCUUAAAUGUGCAUCACAAAAAAAAACCCUCUCAAGACAAUUUGUUGUGUCCAUUCCCAUCUAAAAGUGUGAAUAUAAUAUUGGCUGAAAGAAAUUCUGUAUAGCCACUAGUUUGAAAUUUCAGAAGCACAGUGCAACUUGAAAUUGAGGAUAACAGAAUGUGUUAUCUUAGCCCUAAAAUCUUCAGCAAAUACCAAAUAGAAAACUAUCACAAAAUUACAUGAAAAUAAUGUGAAAUAAGAUCAGACACUGGGAAGUUCCUUUUUUUGAACCACAUUUCUAAGAAUCUCACAGCCAACAUGAGGGAUCCUGGAAGUUGUCGACUAAAAAGAAUUUCCUCCCAGACUCUGGGUAAGAUAUUCCAAAAUUGAGAGCACCUUAUUACACAAAUCCAUUUGCUACCUCCAACAAAUGUCUCUUUGGACAAAGGAGUUUCAACAAGUCCCUUGAAAGAAAGCAGUUUCUUGUUUAAUAGCAAGUAUUGCCAGGUGCAUGAUGCCCCUUAAAAUACAAGAUGACAUGGUGUGGGCUUUUCCAGUGGUAAUAACAACCUUGAUGCCAUGCAGUAGUACAGAUGAUAUUUGGCAUGCGUUGGGUCAAGCAGUGCACCCCUAUAACUCAAAUAGAAUACAUUUCAUAGGUCAGUUAUGCGUACAGCUGCUUUGAAAGAUUUUGACCUGUACCCGUAUGUCUAAUAGUUUACAUAGCUGCACAGAAACAUUUUGUGCAGAGAAUUAAUUGGGAGUCCAGUUAGUUGCAAAAAGUUAAGUAUGAGAGAAUAUGGGCAGAAAGGGAAGUGAGGGUUGUUCCCUGUUUGACCGAGGAAGUCUUCACAUAACAGUUGGGUACUGAAGACUUGUGGUUAAAGCAAAAUUUUAGAUACCGACAUGCACUGUGGACAGAUUUUUCUUGAUUCUUCCCUUUGCAGUUUGUGUUGAAGUGACAAUAAGAUAGCAAGGUCUAUAUUUGGCACUUCAGAUUCGUUGCAUUUGGUGCUGGCCUGCUUGCCAAAAGGGGUAAAAAUGUAUUUGUGCCAGUAAGUAGUUAAACUAUAUAAAUAUACAAGGACACAUUUUAAACAGAUUUAAUUUGAACAUUUUCAGAAUCUGAUUGGAAACAUCUGAGAAGUGGCUAGGGAGGAAAGUGUUUAGAAUUAGAUGCUUUCAAUUGGCCAUUACCAACCUGGCACCCACCUAUUGUGCUGGCUGGGGAUGAUGGAUGUGGUAGUCCAGGGCAUCUGGAUGACAGGAUUGGGGAAGGGUGUAUUAGAGUCUUCUUGAUACAGAAACGUGGGCCAGGGCUACUUUCCAUUCACAUGAAUCAUAACACGAUAUUUGACAAGCAAAUACCAAAAAUAUAAUUUUAGUAAAAUUAAGGGAUUAUACUGUGAUAGAAAAUAUACUUGUUGAAUAAAGAACUGUGUAUAUGUAUGUUCCUCUGCCAUACUCUUAGCAGAUAGUUGGGUGUUAAAAAUUUUGUUUUGUCUUGUUUUGUUAAAAGAAAUUUGGUAUAUAAUAUGUCUCUUUCAGUGUGUUUUUCUCUAAGGGACAAAACUCGUCAUCCAGUGUUCCAUCCAUUUUAUAAUGGGAUUUCCCCUCUUUUUUGCCUUACAACAUGUGUUCAUUUGUUGCACUUUCCUACUCUUCCACUCCUCAUCUUGCAUUUGUUUUCUUGUUAAUAACAUUAACUUAUUAUGUAAAGUAGUUUUUAACAACUAUAUUUAAUAAUCAUUUUGAGGCUUAGCCCAUGGAGAUACCGCUUUGAGCAUCCUGGUUUGAUGUGACAGACAUACUGGGCACUUUUAAAACCAGGUUGGGAAUUGAAUUUGUAUAUCACAUUACAAAAGACGGUGUGUAUGUGUGUAUUGGGAAUAUGAAAUCCUUUUCAUGGUCAGUCUUCCUUGCAUAUCCAUUGUCAAACAAGGAACUGUUCACUCAACUGAUGCUGUUGGGAAAUCUAAAUGGCCAUUUUUCUGUGGCUGCCAUGUUCCAUGAAAAUGGGAUUGUGUGCAGAGAAAAGCAUGGCUUGGUAAAAUUAUUUUUUUUGGAAUACAAUUCUAAGAAUUUCCCAGCUCAGAUGAUUCUGGGAGAUGUAGUUAAAAAUGAUUUCCUCAAUUCUGGGGUUUGGUGGGGGAUGCUUUACUUACAAUAAGUGCAGGAGAAUAAAAUGGAAGAAGCAUCUGUUCUCUUUUCCUGCUACUGGUUCUUGAUGGGCAGUGAAAAAAUCCAGCUAUUUCUGGUAGGCCAGGGGAAUGCAAAAGCAAGGAGGCAACAAACAAAAUACAGACUCUGAUGUAAGUUAUUUUCUACCCUUCAGAAUAUGGUUUAUUGCAAAACUUAAAAAACCCCGUGUUUUAAAAUAUUUGGGUUUCUCCUUUGGUAAUAUUGUAACUAUAUUGAGAGAUGUGUUACGGUCUUCUAUUUUCCUAGUAAAAAGACUUUCCUUUUG